AUGUCGAAUUCAAUUCCUGAGACGAUUGCCUCCAGUGUUGAGCGUAAUCCCAUCUUCCCUACCGUAGGAGACUCGUCUGACUCCACCAGCUUGCCUGAUGCUCUUAUUCGCAAGUACUACGAAGCUGAUGCCGGCGACGGAACAACGGCCCAAGACCAGUACCUCACUGGCGUUCCACUCUACCUCUCUGUACUUGCAUCUGUCCUCUGUCUUUUCCUCACGGCUCUCGACUCCACCAUCAUUACCACCAUCGUCACCGUUGUGGGGAACGAGUUCCAUUCGUUCGACCAGAUCGGCUGGCUUGCUGCCGGUUUCCUUCUCCCAAUGGCCGUGUUAGCAGCCACCUGGGGUAAACUUUCCAUC